AAAAUCUGUUCGUUACUGAAAGGCGCGAUAAUUUAUCUCGAAUAAUUCAUAUGUUCGCCCAUCUUAUACCGCUCUAAACACGCUUUGAUUCGUGAAAUAUUUGUUUUGUAAACUACAAAUUGUAUAAUUUGGAAUUUGAUAUAACUGUUUGGAAACCAAUGAAACGUUUCUUUGUAGUUCCACAAAAAUUGAAAAGAAAGUGGUGACAAUGAAAUUAAAUUGAUUUUUCAAGUGCUAUACGAAUUGUAGUUAUUAAAAUUGUAUUGUUUACAUAACGAUCGAACUACAGCGUCCACUGGAUUAUUUUCGUCAGACCUUAAAUUGCGUUUUAAUAAAGAGAAACAAUGUCUGGAGAACAGUUUUCGCUAGUUUGGAAUAGUUUUCCAAGAAAUUUAUCAUCUGGAUUAUAUACGUUAUUAACCGAUGAACAGUUAGUCGAUGUAACAUUAGCAGCAGAGGGUCAAAUAUUACGUGCACAUAAAUUAAUAUUAUCAGUUUGUAGUACGUACUUCAGAGAUCUCUUCAAGGGAAAUUCUUGUAAACAUCCAAUCGUGAUUCUAAAAGAUGUCAAUUACCGUGAUUUGUCAGCGAUGCUUCACUUUAUGUACCAAGGAGAAGUUAAUAUUAAACAGGAAGACAUAGCAAGUUUUUUAAAGGUAGCAGAAACCUUACAAAUUAAAGGUUUAACCACAGAAACUGAAGAGAAACUUGAGGAAUCUCUAACAGAAAAUGUACAAUUGGAUCAGCUAUUCAGCUCAAAAAAGAGCAGUAUUAAUUCUACUGUGUCUGAUUUAAAUGUUUCCACUUGUGAAACUUCAAAACAAUUAAUGCAAGAGGAUCAACAAGCUGAGAAACAGGAUGCAUCUUCAAACGGAGAAUUACAUAACAAAGAAUUAAUAGAAACUAAUACAAUCAGUGAUGCAUGCUAUCAUCAAGAUUCUACCUCUGAUUCAGCUUACAAUGUUCAAGAGAGGCAUCCUACACAGAACAAUGACUGCAGAAGUAUAGAUACAGAAAGCAAUGAGGAGGAACCAUUAGACUGUACAGCUGACAUUAAUCAUAUAGAUACUAAACAUGAACCAUUGGAUUAUACUCUUGAUGUGGAUUCGGAAACAGGAUAUAGAACAUAUUUGCCUAGUGAACCAGUUUACAAACCUGAAGAUAAUCUACAGAGAAAAGAUUUUUUACCAGAUAUGCGAUUAGUUCCCUACAAUCAGGAUGCACAAAGUCAGCCAUUUGGUUUGAACAAUAUGACUAGUCUUCAAGGUGAAUUUAUGUAUGAAAGUGGUUGUCAUGGGAAAGGUCGACGAACUAUUAAAGGUAUCUCCAAUAAUACUCUACCUUUGGAAACAACUCUGCGUGUUGUAUCCGAGCUGGGACCAACGCUCCGUAUGGAAAGAGGCAAAGUAAUUCGAAUGUAUUCGUGUCCAUGGUGUCUUCGUCACUUUACGCGUAAGGAGAAUCUCAAACUGCAUGUUCGUUAUAUUCACGGACCGCUUGAAAGUCUAACGUGUAAGCUUUGUGGUAAUAAAUACAAGAAUAGUAAUAGCUUACGUGUACAUUCGUAUCUUUAUCAUAAUGCUAAACGAGACAAGUAUAGUAAGCCACUCGUAGAUGGUGGCGUAUGAAAUUAAGAAAAAAGAAAAAAGAAAACUGACACUAAUGUUUACAAUACACGUUUUGAUGCGUUAUAUCAAACGUAGUAAUACAUAAAAUUUCGCGUAUUACUAAUGACGAAAUUUAUGAAAUUAUUUAAUGGUUUUUACUUAUGUAAUCCCUCCUCCUGGUUUGAUUGAGGUAGUUUAUACAAACUGAUAAAUAUAGAAGAACAGAAUGUUCUCUUGAUUUCUUAAGGUGUUUGCUUUCCAAACAUUAGGAACUACGAACAAUAACAUAUUUUAUAUAAAGCAGGUUAAUUUUUAAGAAGAAACAAUUGUAAAUAUAUAUAUGUAUAUUGAUAUACCAUUUUGUAAAUGUACCAUUUUUAAUAAAAUAAAUUGACUGAAA